AUGUCAGACAGUGUGUCUGUCGUCCAAGUCGGAUUGGAUGGUCGACCGGCCGGUAUCAGAAGGGGAGAACUAUCAGCGAACAGUUUAGACGAGAUACUUGGUCCCCCAGGAGACGAUCCAGCGAAGUACUACUCCCUGAGAAUCGUAGCGCUGCACUACGAGGAUCCCCAGGCACAGAAUCGAAACCGAAGUAGCAAAGACGAGCUAUCGACAGCGAGGAAGACACGCGAGGCAGACGAAGUGGGCGCCAUCAUUUGGCUAGCAGAGAACCUUGGUGUCUCCCCUUGUUUUUUCGAUGGUGCUCUAUCCUACUCCAACUCGACCGUUCUCGAACUUCCACCACCGCCACCACCUAUUGAGGCGCCUAGAAGCAUGCCCAUGCUCGAAAGCGAGCCAGCCGAUCCCGAGAAAGAAAUGCAACCUGUGGAGUUCCCGAGUCGACACUGGACCGAGGCGCUUCGCCCAGAAGAUAAUUCUCUGAAUGGCGUUUACAUCACGCAAGUCACGGGUACCUGGUCUGUGGUUUGGUUCAGCCAUCGCCUCGAUACCGACCUUUCCACCUACGUGAUCCACAACAGCGGCCCAGAGGCGACCGGAAACCUACUGAGGUACUUAUUCUCGAGAGAUCGUAUGCCAAAGAUUCCGCUCCUGGCAAUCGAUUCCUUGAUAUGCAACGAGGAGAAACUGUACCGUGAGUACACCACUCGGCUAGAGAAGACCUGGGUUUCGCUACAGAGGUUGGAGGCCUUGAGGUCAGGAUCAUUAAACCAGACGGGGGAAGAAGGCGUCGAAGACCUCGAGAAAGCCUACAUCUCCGUCUACGAGAUGGACAGCGCCUUCGGAAACAAGGCACGCGUCUUAUCUCUCCUCCGACAGGUGACGAACACGCGCGUCAAGCUCGCUAUUUCAAGAGCGGAAACGCAGUGGAUGAGCGUACCUGAUGCGACGCAGACGCUCCUGGACAACAUGGAGAGAACUGUACAGGCGCGACAGGCGGUGAUACGAGACAGCCUCACCACCUUGUCGACCUUGAUGAACUUGAAAUUGGCAACCACGAGCUCGCAGCUAGCAGCUGAUGCGAGGAAGGACAGCUCGUCGAUGACAACAAUUGCGCUGCUUACCAUGUUCUUUCUCCCGGGAUCCUUUGUCGCGUCCCUGUUCAGUACGCAGUUCGCUAGAGAUUACCAGCCAGGCGACUCGACCAGCAAACCAAACCUCUUCCAUCCGACAGCUUGGAUCUACGGAACAAUUGUUGGCGUCGUAACCCUUGCGGUGUUCGCGGUAUGGGCAUCGUUUCAUAUCACGGGACUCUCAUGUUGGAGGCGAAUGAAGAGGAAGCUCGGGGGAGGGAGUAGUGGUAGCAAGAAAGGAGAAAAGCAGUCACAGUUGCCGAUCCAGUACCGAGGAAUGAACUCCGUGUAG